AUGUCAAGCACCAAAAUGACCCACCGGAGCCAGAGCCGGGUUCUGCGAGCCUGCGACUCGUGCACGCACUCCAAACAACGAUGUGAUGGGCAGCGACCGUGCCGCCGAUGUGCAGAGCGCGAGGAGGCCUGCCACUACACCAAGACCGUCCGAAAGCGUGGUCGCCGGCCAAGGGGAGGCUCUAGCCGGGAGCUGCGAGAUGAUCAGAACUCGUUUGGAGACAGCUCACCGCAGAAGCAGGCCAGAAGUCCAGGGGAAACAGUGACUUCAAGCAAUGCAUCGAUUCAAGAUGCACCCUCGGUGAUGUCGCCGCUAGAACAUCGACCGUAUGGUCUAGAUGCACCUACAAAGGAUGCGGCACAUCUGAAGAGUCCUACUGGCGUGGAGACAUUUGCAACCACUUCAGCAUUUACUUCUCAGAAAGACCCUUGGGUUGGGUUCUUCCAGACACCACUAAGCAGUGUACGGUUGGAGACGAGCCAGGCAGCGAUGACUCCGGGUCGCAUGUCACUUGAUCAUGGGGGGUCAUUGCCGGUCCUUCAUCAGGCUGUUUUUGACGAUGUCCCGGGGGCAAUUCCUGAACACGUCUCAAUACGACAACCUUACCGCUGCCUUGACGCGGUCCUACCGCACUUAGAUGGAAUCCUCUCCGCGGAGGAGGCAUCGGAGAUGCUCGAAAUCUACUUCAAUGAGGAGCAUAACUCGUUCAAGUCAACGUCUCCUUAUAUGCUUGCACAUGUCUUACACCCAUCCUCCGUCCUUCGUUCUACCGACCCUCGGCCCACAUCACCAGCUCUCCUUGCGGUCAUUUUAUUUUGCGUAGCACAGACUGCCGAUAUGAAGAUAUUUGACAUCCCAGGGGCCCGAGAGCGGAUGAGUGUGGAUCUCUAUCGUCUUUCAUUGGACCUGCUUCAACCGGAAGACCCAGACAAUUACUUCCGUACCUCUGAUGGCUGGCAGUCUCAUCCCCAUUCUAGCAAUGGUCCCCCAAGUACUUCGCACUCGGCCCCAGAUCGGCCAGCGAGUGGAAAGACUUUGCUACCGCGACAACUCGGUUCGACCGAGAUCAUUCUCGCGGUUGCGAUAUUAACAUUGGUAAUAUCGGGCGGUCAUUACAAGGCUGACUCGCUCAAAUGGCGUGACAAAUUGAUUCGACUAGUUCGAGCCAGUGGGCUCAGUAUGGAAGACCAAGACAUCGAUCUCGGUCCGGUUUUCUGUGGGCUGUAUAAUGGCGAUGCUACUUUUCGAAGAUGGCUCAUCGCAAAGGAGGAACGACGCCGCCUGUUUUGGUUAAUCUACUGCUUGGACCGACAUCUGGCCCUAUCGUUCAACCUGCGACUGAGUAUUGCAGAAGGCACAUUCUGCGUGCGAACUCCCCUGCCCGAGAGGGUCUGGCAAUCCCUGGAUACAGCGGAUCUGAAUUGUAUCCCCGCUGGGUCAUUGGGCCCUCCGACUCAGAUAUCAGGCCCUGGAUUCUUCGAAUAUUUCCUGCCGUUGGCUAGAGUUCUGGGCCAUAUCAUCGACCUGCAUCAUUUUCGGGGCCAUCCCACUCUCGGUCAAUUCAUUUCUCUGGACGCGAUUCGCCGUAUCGAGGCAAUGAUAUCUCAGCGGGAACAGGAGCUCGGUGACUUGGACAAUCAAAUCGGCACUUCCGUCUCGGGGGACGGGGCAGUCCAUUCCUUCCCUCCGCAAUCCCAUGGAGGAUCAUCCCGGGGUGUGGACCCCUUCGGCUCUCCCCCUGCAAGGGCAUCCCAGGAUCCCAAGCUUCCCUUCGUCAAAGUCUAUAGCACCUAUCUUCUGCAUGUGUUUUAUAUCCUUCUGCAUGGAAAAUGGGACCCAAUCUCCAUGAUCGAGGACAAGGACGAUUGGAUAACCUCGCAAAGCUUCGUGACCUGUGCCUCCCACGCCCUGAGUGCGUCUGGGGUAGUUUCUCAGAUCCUGACCAUUGAUCCAGAAUUGUCCUUCAUGCCCUACCUUUUUGGCAUCUAUCUUCUCCAAGGGAGUUUCAUUCUGCUUCUAUUCGUGGACCGAAUGCCGGAGCUGGGUCCAAAUCGAUCGGUGGAAGAGGUAUGCGAGACGAUUAUCAGGGCCCACGAGGUCAGUGUGGUGACUCUAGAUACAACCUUCCAGGUAAAUGAGAUUCUCUUCGCAGGAUUCCGACAGAGGGCUCAUCAGAUUCCACAGAAAAAUUUUCGUAAAGUAUUCAGGUCAAUGUUAUAUGACGCUCAGCAAGCUGGGCCUCACACAUGGGAUGAGCACAAAGCCCGGCGCAGGGAGUUGCUUUCCCUUUAUCGCUGGACCCCGUUGGCUCAUGGCCUUGCCUAUUAA